CUUCUCUUCUGCGUCGCCCUCAGGAAGCAACUCUGAAUAUUCUCACUGAGCAUGGCGGAUCGGUACUUCUGCGUCUCCUUGUUGGUGGCGGCGUCGCUGGCGGCGUCGCAGGCGGCCCCGACGCCUGCGGGAAGCUCGGCUUCCUCCGCCAUUCCCGUCAUCCUGAACGGAACUCGCCUCGAAAUCGGUCCCAUGGAGAGGACCUUCGUGUUCUGCUCGGCGGAAGUGGAACCCGUCGCGGCCCUCCACGACUACCAGGUGGCGUGGAGGGACAGCGACGGGCACUUCGUCAGCCAGGAUCCUGAGACACCGCUGUUCGCUCUCGGCCGAGGCACUCACGUCCCUCACUCGUACCUCGUGUUGGCACCCUUCGGCCUCGACAGCGCCGGCGUGUACAUCUGCGUCCUGUUCUUCCGUGGACAGGAACUGGCGUCCUCGACCGUCGACCUUCAGCUCAAGGACACAAGCUCGUCCUGAGCUGAGGACACGACCGAAAUUCCCACGGGACUGGAUGAUGAUUUUUAGUUCACAUUAGUACAAAAAAAACAUUUAGAUUA